UCAGAGAUCAGAAUUCCAUCAAUCAAUCACUGUUCGGAGAAUCCUCAACCAUCAACAAUCUUCUAGUGACGUACGAGACUAUUUUGAAUAUAAUGUUAGAAACUCAUAUAAAUGACUUUGGUAUGGAAGAUGUGCAUUCAGAAAUCACCAAACAAGUACCUGUAGUUCACAAUACUUUACCAACAAACGUCGUGAUAUUGAAACCUGGUGAUCCACCCAAUUGUAAUGAAAAUGUUUAUGCAGCAUGCGAAAUGUACCAUGAUGAUUUAUCUCGUG